UUUGGUUUUUGGUUCUUGGUAGGAAGCAGCCCUAGUUAUUAACGUCUCCAUUGGACCCUCCGUUAAAAAACGAAAGUCCCUCUCGUUCACGUUACUACUUAGUUCUCGCCACUCUGCAACAGGGACGAAUGAAAUCAUCAGCGAGGCGAAGAACAAAUAAGAGAUUGAAGAGGAGAGUUCUUGAUUGUGGAGCAGCCGUUCUCCUUCCCUCCUAGUCAUUUGGCUUUAGUAUUUUAGGUUGGAGGAUGAUGGGGUACCCAGUUUUACCGCUGAAGACUGUAGGCGAUAUUCCUUGUCUCCAUGGUUUACAGUUCAAUAAUAAUCAUGUGAGAGUUAAUUAUAGUGUCAGCCAUUGUUCAUUGAUUAGAGAACCUGCAUUUCACCUCAAUUGCUCGGUUAGAGGGUGGCUUAACCUUAGAUCUCGUAUACAAUGGCGAGGGAAUUUUGGGUUAGAUGGAAAUGAAUAUGUUCUGCAAUGUAGAGGACAGCAGAGGAGCAUCUGCAUUGACAGUGCUAAUGAAAGUGGGAAAGAGAACUGGAACUUGGAAAGAUCUAUCAUGGAUGUUCGGAGGACACCAAAAGAUACCCAGGUGGAUUCUGAGAGACUACCAAAUAUGCCAUGGUUGUAUACAGAUGGAUCUUUUGUCGAUAAUGAUGAAGAGUCCAACAACAAAAUCCUUCACAAUUUCUGCAGCAAAGGGAAGAUAAAUGAAGCGUCAAACCUUAUUAAUCUAAUGGCACGGAGAAACCAGAUUCCUCACUUCCCCACUUGCAUAAACAUUAUCCGUGGCUUGAUUAAUGCUGGUAGCAUUGACAAGGCCACAACAGUGUUGAGGAUAAUGAUAUUUUCAGGUGGUGUGCCUGAUAUUAUCACUUACAACAUGUUAAUUAGGGGUCUUUGUAAGAAAGGGCACUUGAAGUCUGCAAUAGACCUUCUGGAAGAUAUGAGCUUGAGUGGUUGCUCUCCAGAUAUAAUUACAUACAAUACCAUACUUCGUUGCAUGUUUGACCAUGGUAAGUUUGAUCAGGCAAUAGGGUUUUGGAAGGAGGAGUUGAGAAAGGGGUGCCCUCCAUAUAUAAUCACGUGCACUGUGCUUCUAGAGCUGGUCUGCAGGCAUUGUGGGGCUGAGCGUGCCAUAGAGGUUUUGGAAGAUAUGGUGAUGGAGGGCUGUUCUCCUGAUAUUGUGACCUAUAAUUCCCUUGUUAAUUCUACAUCUAAGGAAGGGAAGUAUGAAGAAACAACCUUGGUGAUCUCCUAUCUUCUUUCACAUGGAAUGGAGCCUAAUGCUGUCACUUACAAUACCCUUCUUCAUUCUCUCUGUAGCCGUGGUUGUUGGGAUGACAUGAAUGAUAUCCUCUCGAUCAUGAAUGCGACUUCCAAUCCUCCUACUACUGUUACUUACAAUAUUUUGAUCAAUGGCCUGUGUAAACAAGGGCUUCUUGAUCGGGCCAUCGACUUCAUAGAUGAAAUGGUUUGUCGGGACUGUUCUCCUGACAUCAUCACUUAUAAUACCCUUCUAGGGGCCCUCUGUAAAGAGGGGAUGACAGAUGAUGCUCUUUGUAUACUUCAUUCCUUAUGUGGUAGUAGCUGCUCACCUGUUUUGAUUACUUAUAAUACAGUUAUAGAUGGUUUAGCAAAGAAGGGUGAUAUGGAGAAUGCAACUAGGCUUUAUUGUGAGAUGAUUGAGAGUGGAAUUAAUCCUGAUGACAUUACAUUCCGUUCACUGAUUUGGGGUUUUUGCCGGCGGGGUUUAUUCGAGGAGGCUGUGGAGAUCUUGAGGGAGAUGGCUAAGAGAAACCAUAAGAUUAGAAACAACACUUAUAGUUCUGUAAUUCAGGGAUUAUGCAAAAAGAACAAGGUGGAUAUGGCCAUCCAAGUUCUAGAGAUAAUGAUCUCGAGUCGAUGUAAACCUGAGGAGACAAUUUAUGCCAAACUAAUUAAAGGUGUAUCUGCUGCUGGUAUGACAGAAGAGGCUGUAAAGCUACAUCAGAAGCUGAUUGAACAUAAGGUUCUUAAAGGAGAAAUCCUCCCUGAUUAGAGGGAGUGGGUGCAAAAGCUUCAGCAGAAUUUCUGCACUUCUCUUUUGGGGCCAUGUGGCUGCUUCAAUUUUGUCCUUCAAUUGUAUGGCAUAUACUGUUUAAAGAGGGAAGUUCCAACACCCAUAUUUACUCAUUGCUCCUGGAAUUACCCUUUCACCUGGAGAGCUGCUACUAGAAUAAGCAAGGUGCAGUAGUAAUCUGCCGAAUUGGUUGAGUAGAACAAUUAUCUUUUGAGAGCAAUUCACAAUGAUAUGUCAUGUCUCUUAAGAAUUACCACUUUGCUGUUUGAGCUGUUCUGUUGUAAGUUCUUACAAGUUACAUCAACUCGGACACACUGAAAGUUUCAUAGAUUCUAUGUAGAGAUACCCAGAAACCAUAAUAUAGUGUCUGUUACAUGAGUUCCUCUUGAGUUGAAUAUGUUUCAUUAUUUACAUGAUCCUAUGUUACUUGUGGACCACAUCAGUUUGAUCACUGUGAGAGGAGCAGAGCAAAGGAAAAUGUAUCCAAAACAAUCAUUUAAUGUAAAUGCUUAGGCUAUCAGUGUUAUUUUGAACCAGUUAUGA